AUGGAGGCCCAUGUGGAUUUUUUUUCUGUGGGAAGAGGACUGAGACAGGGAGUUCCACUCUCUCCGAUUCUCUUUGUUCUGAUGGAGGAUUUCUUAAGCAUAAACAUCUCUGCUUUGAUGGAAAAGGGUGAGAUGCAACCAAUGGUUAUGAAGAAUGGAAUUCAUCCUACUCAUCUGUUUUUUGCAGAUGAUGUAUUCAUCUUCUGUAAUGGAGACAUUUUUCCAAACUCAACUUCCGUUGUUCAUGCUGGUUGGCUUCAAGGUUUAAAAGAUCUUGACAAAGUACCAUAUUAUGACUGGGGAUCUGCAAUUUUAGAAGAAUUGUACUGUGGGAUGGAUCAAGCGUCCAUGGGUAAGGAAAAUUUCGCUAGUUUCUGGGGCAUCAUAGAGUAUUUUGAAAAUGAUUCAGGACGUGUUCUUGAUUGUUCUCUCCGUAGAGUUGUUUUUUACACUCCAGAUUGGAUAAAGGGGCUUGGUACCUGGGAGAAAGACUGCAAUACCAAAUACAAGACAGAAACAAUGUUUGGAUUGAGUCCAACUAUAAAUGAUGAUGUGCGCUCACAGUCUUCUGAUUCCACCAGGGACACCAGAUCAUGGCACGAUAGUGAUAAUACAGUGAUGGGAGAAACACAGGUACGACACAGUACUUCACCACAAAUUGUGCAUGUAUCUCAGCCUCAACUAAUUCAGCCAGAUCCUAGGCGCAUUGCAUCAUCAUUCUCGCCCUACAACCCAAAUGAUUGCUACACCGUUUCACCACCACCACCACCACAACAACAACAACAAGCAUCUUAUUCAAUGGGCCAGGCACUCCAUAUUGUUGAUCAAGAUGGUCUGAUAGUUUACUGGAAUAGAGCAGCUGCACAAAUUUAUGGUUACUCUGCAUCUGAAGCUCUUGGUCAGAAUAUCAAUGGCUUCAUAAUUGAGGUGCAGGACAUCAAUGCAGCUGCACAAAUUUAUGGUUACUCUGCAUCAAUACUUCAAAUAAAUGCCUCAGGGGAAAACUGGACAGGGAUUUUUCCUGCCAGGAAUAAGCAAUGCCGGCUAUUUCAAGUACUUGCCACCGGUGCCCCGUUAUAUGAUGAUAGUGGUACUUUGGUUGGAAUCAUUUGUGUAACAAUUGCUUCGAAGUCUUUUGAAGAAACCUUGGUACCAGAUUCUCUUGGUACAAAACCUUUAAAAGAUAAUUCUUAUCCCAGCUCUAGUUGGCUGCAUAAUGGUGGUCUAACAACAACCAAACCUGAUUUUGAUGCUCGGCACAAGCCUCUGAAAUCUAUUACAUCUUGGCUGAUACCAAAAUUGAUAUCGAGAUCAAAAAAUAAAGUAUGUCUGAAAACGAAAACAUUGGAAGCCGCUCUCUCUGACCACAGGGUGCACCCUUCCCUUGAGAACAUAUGCCCAAGGAAUCCUUUCAGAAAUUCUUCUGAUGGCAAGGAUGCAAGUAAGAAUGGUGUCUACAAGAUGAUAACUUCUAGAGUGAAGGGAAUAUCAUGGUCCUGGGAGAGCCAACAAAUCCCGCAGGUUGCGGGUGGCAAUGAAGUCUCUAGAUCCCUAUCCUAUUCUACUAACAGUGAUGGAACAAGUAGCAUGGGCAGUAGAAGCAGUCCUCGUCGCAAUUUUUAUAUGGAAACAGAUUAUUUGAAUUAUGAUAUCUCGUUGAACAAUUUGACAUUCGGUGAGAAGAUUGGGCGAGGUUCAUGUGCAACUGUGUACCAUGGUCUUUGGUGCGGCACGGAUUGUGCAAUCAAAGUAUUUUUGAACUUUGAUUACUCAGAAGACUUGCUAAUGCAACAUUCCUUCAGACAAGAGGUAUUACUGAUGAAGAGGCUGAGGCAUCCAAACGUGGUACUCUUUAUGGGGGCGGUAACUUCACCUCCGCAUCUGUGUAUUGUUACUGAGUUCCUUCCAAGGCACGAGGAAUGAAUUACCUUCAUCGUCACAACCCACCAAUCAUUCACCGUGAUUUGAAGUCAUCAAAUCUUUUGGUUGAUAAGAACUGGAGUGUGAAGGUUGGUGAUUUUGGUCUCUCACGGCAGAAAUAUGCAACAUUCCUAACAAGUACCGGAAAUUGAACGUGGAUGGCUCCAGAGGUUAUCCGUAAUGAGCCAGCAGAUGAGAAGUCAGAUGUAUAUAGCUUUGGAGUUGUUCUAUGGGAGCUUGCCACACUAAAAAUCCCUUGGAAUGACCUGAACCCAAAGCAGGUGAUUGCCGCUGUAGGAUUCAUGAACCAACGAAAUGAGAUACCAAAAGACACUGACCCACUCUGGGCAUCUCUAAUCGAGAGUUGCUGGCACAGAGGAAGUGCUUGUCAGCCAAAAUGCCGCCCAACAUUCGAGGAAGUGCUUGAAAAGUUGAAAGCUAUGCUGAGACAUAAUUUUGUUCAAAAGCCAACAUAUGAUAUAUAGGACCUUGCCGCCUUUCUGUCUAGAUAUAUGUAGAACUUUUUUUUGUUAUGCACCACAUUAGGCCAUGGUGAAUGUAAGAGUCAAGUACAAAACGAGUUAGAAAGAGCAGAAGAAAGGUUAAGGAUUAUCCGGAAAAAUCAGGUUUUAACUUUUUAUUUCCUUAAUAUGAUACCACUGUCUGUUGGUUUUUGUGA